UUUAGUUUUCCGAUUGAGCUGCAGGGUGCAACUAGGGUUUUUUCAGUGAUCGUUCUCCGUUUUCUCUGCAUACGAAUCGGAAAAUCACAACGGAAAAGAUGAGGCCGAUACUGAUGAAAGGACACGAGAGGCCAUUGACGUUUCUCAAGUACAACAGGGAUGGUGAUUUGCUCUUUUCCUGCGCCAAGGAUCAUACCCCUACAGUCUGGUAUGCCGACAAUGGCGAGCGCCUCGGCACCUACCGCGGUCACAAUGGCGCUGUUUGGUGCUGUGACAUCUCCCGUGAUUCAAGGAGACUAAUUACUGGAAGUGCUGACCAGUCAGCUAAGCUUUGGGAUGUUCAGACUGGCAAUCAACUGUUCACUUUUGAAUUUAAGUCUCCUGCUAGGUCUGUGGAUUUAUCCAUUGGUGAUAAGCUUGUAGUAAUCACCACUGAUCCAUUCAUGGGGCAGCCAUCUGCAAUCCAAGUUAAAAGAAUUGCUACAGACCUCAGCGACCAAACGGAUGAGACUGCCCUUAUGAUUAAGGGCAUCCAGGGGAGAAUCAACCGUGCUGUUUGGGGACCGUUGAAUAAGACAAUUAUAAGCUGCGGAGAAGAUUCUGUGGUUCGAAUCUGGGAUGUUGAGACUGGGAAACUACUUAAGGAAUCUGAUGGGGAAUCUGGUCACAAGAAGGGGAUUACUUCACUGUCCAAAUCUGUAGAUGGAUCACACUUCAUCACUGGUUCUUUGGAUAAAUCAGCGAAGCUUUGGAACAUCAGAGAUUUGACACUUCUUAAGACCUAUGUGACCGAACGUCCUGUCAAUGCUGUUACAAUGUCACCACUGCUUGAUCAUAUUGUGCUAGGUGGUGGCCAAGAUGCGUCUGCUGUCACAACUACUGAUCAUCGUGCUGGAAAGUUUGAGGCCAAAUUCUUUGACAAGAUUCUUCAAGAAGAAAUCGGUGGUGUCAAAGGACACUUUGGACCUAUUAAUGCCUUGGCCUUCAAUCCUGAUGGAAAAAGUUUUUCAAGUGGUGGCGAAGACGGGUACGUGAGAUUACAUCAUUUUGACGCGGAUUACUUCAAUAUCAAGAUAUAGAAGAGAUCAACUCCUGCUCUGAACGGAGUUGUAAAUUUUUUUUUUUCUUUGGCCAUUGCUAUUGAAAUUUUCUCCAAUCUUUUGAUUAUUACGGAGUAAUAAUUA